AAUCGGGACUUAGUCGUGGGACGAAGGCCCGCCAUAACAUCGCUUUGUAACAACGACAUUUAAACACGCUGAAAUGUCUUCUGUAGAUGAGGAUCAGUCGUCCCAACCAUCAGUUGGUGACGGUGACGGAGGCUUGGCUGACCCAAAGACGGUGGAAGACCUGAAGGCUAAAGUGAAUGGGUUGAGUGAGGAGUCUGCAGGUUCAGCUUCAGAGGCCAAUGGUCACGCUGAACCUAAAGAAAAUGGUUUGUCCAAUCACAAAUCUGAGAAGUCAUCAUCUUCAAGCAGCAAGCACUCGUCGUCCCACAAGAGCGGCAGCUCGGACAAACACCACAGCUCCUCAAGCAGCUCUAAGCAUCGAGAGGGGGGCUCGUCCAGCAGCUCCUCCAAGCACAGAGACGGAAGCUCCAGCUCCUCCAAGCACAGGGACGGCCACAGCUCCUCCUCCUCUAAGCACAGAGAUGGUCACAGUUCAUCCUCUUCCUCCAAGCACAAAGAUGGCAGCAGUAGCUCCAAACACAGUUCAAGCUCGUCGAAACAUAAAGAAGGAAGCAGUUCCUCGUCCUCACACCGAGAUGAGAAAAGCAGCUCCAGCAAACACAAGGAAGGCAGUUCCUCGUCUUCCAGUAAGCACAAGGAUAGCAGCAGCAGCAGCUCUAAGCAUCGUGAUGGUCACAGCAGCAGCAGCAGCAGGCCAAAGGAUGGCAGCAGCAGCAGCAGCAGCAAACAUAAAGAAGGGAGCAGUUCCAGCAGCAGCAAGGACAAAUCGAGCAGCUCCUCUUCAGAUGCUAAACACAAGGAGAAAAGCAGGGAGUCCUCGUCCAGCUCCAGUAAGGAUAAACACAAGUCCUCAUCUUCAUCAAGCUCGUCCUCCAAGCACAAAGAUGAUAGGCAUAAGUCGUCCUCUUCCUCUUCUAAAAGUGGCGGGGAUAGUAAGGAGAAACACUCUUCCUCCUCAUCAAAGCCCAAAGAAAAUUUGGAGAAAGUAAAGGAGGAGCCUGAAGACAUCAAGGUAGAAGCGGAGGUGAAGGUUGAGGAGGAGGUCAAAGAAGAGCAUUCUGCAGACGACAGCUCUUCUGGAAAGGCAUCCCCAGUCAAAGCUGCCAUAGAGAAUGAUGAAGUGAAGAUGAAGAGUGAACCUGUGUCUGCCAGUCCUGAGAAAAAGCCUGUUGUCAAGUCGGAAGACGAAAGUGAUGACGAUGAUAAGCCAUUGUCUGUCCGCAAAAAGGAAUCACAGCCCCUGAAGCGUGCGAGGGAAGUAAAUUACCAAGAAGAGCAGGAUGACGAUGAGGAUGAUGAUGAUGAUGAGGAAGACCUUCCGUUGUCAGCGAGAGCAAACAAAGCCAAAAAAAUGAAAGUGGAGAAGCCUGUCAAGGUUGAAAAACCCAAGCCCAAACCGAAACCCAAGCCUCAACCUAAGGCUGCUGACAAGAAAGCUAAGAAGAACAAAGGUGCUGUGAAGGAAGAAGUGCCUGAGGAGCCUGUGAAAAAGAAGAAAAAGGGAGAGGAAGAGGCGCAGGAGGUGUGGAGGUGGUGGGAGGAAAAGAAAGAGGACAAUGGUGUCAAGUGGACUUACCUGGAGCACAAGGGACCAAUCUUUGCACCGCUUUACGAGCCACUGCCCAAGAAUGUUCGCUUUUAUUAUGACGGAAAACCAAUGCAGCUUAACCCAGAGACUGAAGAGGUGGCCACAUUUUAUGGCAGGAUGUUGGAUCAUGACUAUACUACUAAGGAUGUGUUCAAUGGCAACUUUAUGAAAGACUGGAGGAAGGUGAUGACCAAUGAGGAGAAGCAAACCAUAACAGAUCUGAAAAAGUGCAACUUCCAUGAAAUUAAUGAACAUUUCAAAAAGAAGUCUGAGGAGCGCAAGAAUCUCUCAAAAGAAGAGAAACAGAAAAUCAAGAAAGAGAACGAAGAACUGACCAAAGAGUACGGCUUCUGUGUCAUUGACCACCACAAAGAGAAGAUUGGAAACUUCAAGAUUGAACCUCCAGGCCUUUUCCGUGGUCGGGGAGACCACCCUAAGCAAGGCAUGCUGAAGAAGAGGGUCAUUCCAGAGCAUGUUAUUAUCAACUGCAGCAAAGAUUCCAAAAUCCCAGAGGCCCCCGAGGGUCACAAGUGGAAAGAAGUCCGUCAUGACAACACUGUGACCUGGCUGGCUUCCUGGACGGAGAACAUCCAAGGUGCUACCAAGUAUGUCAUGCUGAACGCUGCCUCCAAACUGAAGGGAGAGAAGGACAUGCAGAAGUACGAGACAGCCCGCAAGCUGCACAAGUGUGUGGACAAGAUCCGCGCUCAGUACCAGGAGGACUGGAAGUCCAAGGAGAUGAGAGUGAGGCAGAGAGCAGUGGCGCUCUACUUUAUUGACAAGCUUGCUCUGAGAGCUGGUAAUGAGAAAGAAGAGGGUGAGACUGCAGACACAGUGGGCUGCUGCUCCCUGCGUGUGGAACACAUCACGCUGCACAAUGAGAAGGACGGGAAGAACUAUGUGGUGGAGUUUGACUUUUUGGGUAAAGAUUCCAUCCGCUACCUCAACGCCAUCCCUGUGGAAAAACGAGUCUUCAAGAAUGUUCAGCUUUUCAUGGAGAACAAGUCGCCGGAGGAUGACUUGUUUGAUCGACUUAAUACCACUGUGCUGAACAAGCACCUUCAAGACCUGAUGGAGGGGCUGACAGCUAAGGUGUUCCGUACGUUCAAUGCCUCCCGCACUCUCUCUGAACAAUUGGAGCUACUCACAAAUCCGGACGACAGUGUGGCUGCUAAGAUGCUGUCCUACAACAGGGCUAACAGAGCUGUGGCUAUUCUGUGUAACCAUCAACGUGCUGUGCCCAAAACAUUUGAAAAGUCCAUGGAGAAUUUGCAGAAGAAGAUUGAUGCAAAGAAGGACGACAUCAAGCAAGUCAAGAAAGAUAUCAAGAGUAUCAAAGCAGACUACAAACAGGCCAAGUCAAUGAAGACUAAGACGUUGUAUGAGAAAAAGAAGAAGACUCUUCAAAGACUUGAGGAGCAGCUAACCAAGUUGGAAGUGCAGGCUACGGACAAGGAUGAGAACAAGGAGAUUGCUCUUGGUACCUCCAAACUCAACUAUCUCGACCCCAGGAUUUCGGUGGCCUGGUGCAAGAAAUUUGAUGUACCAAUUGAGAAGGUGUACAACAAGACCCAGAGGGACAAGUUCCGAUGGGCCAUUGACAUGGCUACAGAGCACUUCAAAUUUUGAUGAUGCUUCAUUUGCCUAGGCCACCAGGACUGUCAAACAGACAUGUGACAGUGUGUACAGAUUGUCAUUGGAAGAUAUUUGCCUUUUCUUCAAUUAAUUGUGUAAAGUAAUUUUUCCUUUUCCCUUGUCAAUACAUAUUUUAUAUGUUGUGUGAUAUGCACAGGUGCUUGCUCCAUAUGCAGCACUGUGACUGUUUUGCCUGCCAACUCCAUUGUAAUGCAACAUACUUUUUAACAGCAUAUCAGUCCUUGGUGUUUAUUGCUAUGUUAUGGCUUGUGGCCAGAAGUUACCUUAAAGAUUGAUCGAUGCAUUCCUUCAUACUCAGCACUCGUGUCUGCACGUCGUCCAAGAGUGUAAUGCUGACUGGAACUGUGGAUUAUUCAUUAGAUUUGUUCUGUGAGUACAUGCUUAUAGCAAAACAUCAGGAAGGAUACAUCAGACUAAAGGAACAUACUUCUUCAGUAAAUUAGUAUAGAAAGACCGAAAUGCAAGUUUUGUGUAGUGGUCAGUUUUAGGUAAAGGGAACAUAUGGCCAAGGUUUGUAUGGAAUUGAAGUUUAUUUCAAUUUGUAAUCAUUUAAUGUACUGUAAAUACUGUAAUAAAGACAGAUCAGGUUCUUCUGUUCAGGGGAGAGACUGGACAAAUAUGAAUUCUAAAGCUGGAUCUUGAUAUAAAAUUGUUUUUUUGUGUGCCAACAGGCUGGAAAAGUAUCAACUUCUGAAGUGCUAGUGUAGUAAAUAUGUAGAAAAGGAUUUUGUGUUAUAAUGUUCAGUUCAUGAGUUCAGAAUUGGCAUGUGCUCAAACUCGGCAUCAGCAGGGUGGCUGCUUACUCAAUUAGGUUGCCAUAAUUUUUUUCCCCCUCUUCCAUACUAAAUUUUAAGAUAGAUCAUUGUAUGAGGAUGUAUAUUUUGCGAUCACUCACCAUUUUAGCAAAAGGAUACACUUAAUUUUUGCAUUUUCAGCUUUUUAUUGAUUGCUUCACGUACCUUUACCAGUUGUAAACAUGUUGAAGCUACCAUCUUAUAUCUCUUGUGAUGCAGCUGAUAUGAUAAGUGAGGGUUGAAAUUUUGACUGUUAGCAUUCCAUCUUUUCCAGCAUUUCCCAGUAUUUUAUGACAAUUUGAAAAAGAUUUUAAAGAUAAAGUUCUAAAAUUAUGUUUUUCAUAGUUGAAAUAUUUCAACUUUGAAAUUUAUGCCCCACCAAUAAGCCAAUUUUAUUACAGUCGAACCUGUCAUGACGGCCACCUGUAGAAACGGCCACUUUCCAUUUCCCCCCUUGCAUUAUUUCUCUAUAAUUUUACUGUGUAAAACGGACACCUGUCCAAUGCGGCCAUGGCUACCCUAUUUUGUCAACCCAUUGCCAAAUCUACCUAUCUAAGACUUCCAGACUUUGUCAAAAAUUAUGCUUUUUCCCCUGACGUUGUUGACAAGCCAUCGUAAUUCAUUCACCUGUCAUUGUUGUCAGUCCCUCCAAUGGAUGAAACGUCAUGUUGCUUAGGUCACUCUCAAUGCUUACCCAAGUUGACCAAUGGGUGACAAUAAAUUUUCAGCUGCUAGUAAGGGAAGCGUAUGAUCCGUCAUGACUUAUAAUUUCCGCCCACUACUCAGUAAAUCAAGUCCAUAACAAUGGAAAUCAACACAAACUCGCGACAGAGUUGCUCGUUCGCCGAGUGGUGGAGACCCAUUUAUUUGUUUUACUGUGACACUUUGCCUUCCUCUUCUGAAACAUUUAGUUUUGUUUUGACCUAUCUCGGAACCAUAAUUCAAAAAUAAAAAUAAAACUAACAACAAAAAGUCCCUCAAAAACCGUCCUAUCCUCUCCCCCCUUUCAAAAGAAAUAAAACAACAACACAUUUUGAUCAGCCCUAGGGCAGUCAUAACAUGUGUCCACCUCCAGUUGGGACCCCAGGAGUAAAUAGUUUGUUAUUUUAAAAUUUUGAUCCGUCCUGCCUAAGACGGCCACCUGUCUUAUACGGCCACUUUUCCCCUCGACAAUGCGUGGCUGUCUUGCACAGGUUAUACUAAUUUUUUUUUAGGUACAAAUUUCACAAUAUUACGGCCUUGUAUUUUGCGCAAUGAGAUUGUGGGUAUUUACAUUUCUACUCCCAUUAUAAUGUGUAUUAGAACAGGAGUGCUUAUUUGUUGCCCAAAAAUUUACAAAGUGUGCCGGAGUGUAGUCCAUAAAAGUAACUGAAGUGCCUGUGUUUUUUACUGGACAGCUAGUGGGUUGCCUCAGAUUUUUUUUCACUGAUUUCUUUUGUGUGGCUGAUGUGUUGCAGUAUUCCAUUUCACUGUGACUUCAAUAUGUGGAAGUAUUGUGUACCCUGGCCAUUCAUAAACAUAUUUUCUCUACUCAAAAUAUUGCUACAAAAUGAGUUAGAACUUAAGGGUAGGAGAGAACUGCACAGUGCAUGGCAGAAUCUGAAAUGUACAAAAUGGGGAAAGCCCUUUUCAACACUGGAAAUGGCUAUAUUUUUAUCUAGCGCUUUUCACAUCCCAGCAAAUGGUAUUUGUCCAUUGUUUCUUGUUGCUUCUUGCCUGAUCAAACCAGCUGAUUGAUUGUGGAUCUGGUGGGAGGCUUCGGCUUUGCCCGUAUUUGUGGACUUGUUUUGAUUUGGACUUGGUCACGACAGCAUGUGCACUAUUUUGACAAUAUCUAAAGUGAUUAUUUGAAAGUCCAACUAACUGCCAGAUUAUUUUAUUUUCAUUUCUUUGGAAAAGGAGUAUGUGUAGUGUUCAUUGAAAUAUUAGUAUGCACAUUUGAAUAGUUUAGAUAAUUGCACCUAAGUUAAAAUUGACUGCUUAGUGUAGGGCUCUGCUGUACACCAUUUUAAAAAGUAACGUAUGGUUGAGUCUUACACUGAGCAGUCAAAAUGAAGUUAAAACUUUUUCUUUGUAAUGGUUUAAAAUUCGUGAUUGCAAAGCGUGUUGUAUAAUUUUUAGUCUUGUUUGCUCAACCUAAAUAAAUUUUUUACAGGCUCAAGUAAUAUUUAUAUGACAGAGCCACUGUAAGUUUAGAAGUGGUACAGAAGUACUUUAUUUAUGACUAUCGUGUUCUUGAAUGUGACUCUGGACAGUGUUGCUCUUGAAAUGAGAAAUGCUGAGGUUAUAAGAAUAAGUGAGCUUCAUUUCUCUGUUGAGAUCGCGACUCCAUUGAUGUCCUGCUCCUGUGCAGGGUCUUGUAGUACCAGCCUUACUAUUGAGCCUCAUUGGCAUAUGCUGGCUCUGCUUUCUCCUCUCUGUUGCAACCUGUACUGCACCCAGGUGGAUGUUUCGUUUUGGAGUCUUUGCUUUGUUCUCUCGUCAACUUUUUGAACAUCUGUUCACUCUUUUUUGAGCGGUCAUUGUUUCAUGAAUGUUGGUUGAGUUGGUUGUGAUGAUUUUGUUCCCCCACAUUGACUUGAAUUGCAGUGACACAAAUGUCUCCAAUCAAACUGAUGCAGUAUUGCAAUAUUCCUUAAUUUAAUGACUUUAAAACAGCAAUGGUGCACACAGUCUCCCGGACACAUUGUCAAAGUAUGAGUGUCUGUGCACACUUGCAGUGAUAUUAAAGGGACACAAAGAAAUGUAGACAUAUACAUAAAGUUGAGGAAGUGUCUCUAGUUUCAGUAUUUUGAGGUAUGAUUAUUUGGUCAUUUUUUGUAGUCAGCAAAAAGUGUUAUUCAGCAUUGUCACCCCUCUGCGGUGGCUAUUUUUAUUUAUUUAAAGUAGUACAUUCAUAGUAGUGAAUAAAAAUAUUUUUGAUGAAUUGAAUGUUAUUCUGCUGUCAUUUCCAGUCAUUCAAAAUGCGCUGUCCCUUGUAUUUUGUAAAUCUGUAAGAGUGAAUUGAAUCUUUUGUCCAGCAAAGUGCUAUUUGCUUGUUUUGUAGUGACAGUAAUUUAUUUACUUAUCAUUCUUAUGCUGUACAACAAAGUUGGGUGUUCUUUUUGUGAUGCAACUUUCAUUUAUUUUUGACCAAAGUAAAGGUCUCAGAAUGGGUAUUGUGGGAUAAAAUACAUGAGCAAAUGUAUUGUCGUUUGGAGAGGCAUUCCAAGAGAUACACUUGAUUUGCGCGAGAUCUACUGAUUUAUGUCUAUUUAUAUAAAUAUUAUACACAUUUUUAGCUUGCCUUUAAUGUUCACUGAUGUCUCUUCGAAAAGUCAUGGAAUAUUUUAGAGUGUGUGUUAGGGAAGAAAGUGUAUCUUGGGUCUUGUCCUGAGUGAUAGUCCCUAGACGUUUAGUGCUGUCAUGUGGUAGAGAAUCAUUCACCGUGGAAAAGUACCCUGUGACACUUCAGGGUUUUUUAGUUUAAAAAAAAUAUUGUAUAGCCAUUAAACAUUUUAUGGCCAUCUAUGGCAUAUUUUAAGCCAUAGUUGACGGGAUACACACCCAUGUGUAGUUACCCUUUCGUGACGGAAUUCGCACUGGUGUAUAUCUGCUCAUGAUCACCGUCACCAUAACACAAGUAAGGGACAGAUGAAGUUGAUUUGUUCCACGUAAGGUACCUCAUCCAUUUUGGAAUAAUAUCAAUCAAUGCCGAGCUUAGAUACAUAAAACAUAAUUAUGCUAGAACCUUUUAUAGACUACCCAUGUUUUCACUUAUAAAUCUUCUAGUAUGGAACUAUAUAUGGGUGUUGUCUGGGUUCUGCAAUACAUCGUGGGACUGGACAGCGUUUAUUUCAACUUCAUAUAAUUUUUGGUGUGUUUCCUUGUGUGAGUGUGUUUAUGAACAUGCCUCUGUUCUCCUGUGACGCCUCCUCCGUUGCAAACUUUUAACUGUAUAUUCUCACACUUUUUUGCCUCUGUCUUGUUUUUAAGCGGCCUUACAGCCAUGUCAGUUGGACUUUUGAUAGUGUAUUUUAAACUAGCUGUCAUAUAUGGAAUGCCCUAUUAUCCCCAUGGCCUCUUAUAUUGUUGUGUGCUGAUUAGGUUUUACUGAAAGAGGGAGAAGGUUUGUAGGUUUUACUGAAAGAGGGAGAAAGUUUGAUAUCAGGGUUCAGGUCUUUUUCCUUUUUUUUUAAACUGAAAAUUUUAAUUAUAUCUUCUUUUCAGUAAUGUUUUGGUUAUUUCAGUUUGGGAAAAUGAGAAGACUGUGGUCUCUUGAAUGACUAGAAUUGUACAAACGGGGUAGACCAGCAUCUAUUUAUUGAUAAUGUUAUGCAUUGCGUCAUUCUGUUUUAUAUAUCUCUCCCACCCCAAGUUGUUUUCCCAGUGUUUCAUAUGGAUGUCAUGUUAUUCUACCAUGCCAGUGUUCUGUUGCAUAUUCAUCAAAUCUAUAAGUGGCUUUCAGUUUUAUUCAGAUUCAAACACAAGGGAAUGUGCCGCAGUUUUACUUUGUUCGGAAUGCUAAUGCUUUGGUUGUACCUGCGAAUUGUGGCCAUGAAAGGGAGUUAACAGGCAUUUGAAAUUUGCUUCUUUUUUUUUUUUAAAUUUCUUUUGACGCACAAACACAAUGAAUUUUACGGGAUAUUUUGUUUAGAGAUUUGAUGGAAGAGGAAAUUCCUGCAGAGCCUGCUCUGCUCUUCUCACCGUUGGCCUUGUUAAUGUGAGGAUCUUGGAAAGUAUGACUCAGUGUUAAAUGUACCACUUGAAAAAGUUUGUCUAAAGUUCAUGCUCAUGGGGGUUAGUUAACAUUUGGUAUCGUACCUGUACUUUGGUGUACACAGCCUGUGCCAUGAUUUGUCCUUGUCUGACGUACCUACAGUGCCCGCUGCAUGUACUGUAAAGACUCGGCAAUGCUUCACUGGUGCAUAAUUCUUAACGAAGUUAACUCUCUGGAAAGUUUAAAACAGGCUGGGAAGUGAGGAUUUAGUAUGGGUUCAUUACAUAAAUAAUUCCAGUUAUUGGUUUUUGUCUUUUUGUACGAGUGAGUGUGGGGUGGCAUUGUAAGGUGUUUAGUGUGUGCCAGCAGUAACUGAAUUUCUUUGAUAUUGAAGUAUGUUUGAGAUAGGUUUGCUCCCUCUGAAUUUGUCCUCUGUUACAUUUUUGCUUACAUAAGAUAUUUUUGUCUUGACAAUGCCAUUUUAACAAAUGUAUGAUUAUUCUUUCAGUGGAAGUCAGUGUGUCUGUAUAGUACUUUGCCUCAUUUAGAAAAAAAACAACAAAAAACCUCAUAAGCUAGAUGAUUGUGUUCCCAAGUACUCGUGUGUGCAUGCAAGGUUUUUUUUUUCUUUGUUUUUUUUUUAAAGUAUACAUAAAAAGCCUUUCAGUUAUGAAAUGAAACUUUGCAAUAAAAUGACAAGUCAUCUUUU